GGAACUGUGAACACCUGAACAGAUUGACCUAUAUUACUCAACAUCUUACUCUUACCACAAACAUCUUACCACAAACAUCACAUUCCGCGCACCUGACUCUCACACCUCGCUGACCGUCUGGAGCGCGCCGCUGCUCUCCUCACGAAGGGUGUGUCCGAGCACAAACUUUUAGUAAUGACAAAGCGAGUUUUUCUGGUCUCCGAUGGACAUUGAAAAGACGGACCCGUGGCUCCGUUACUGCAUUCAUUGGUGAAGCGGAUAACGGCAGCGUUAAGAUGGCAGCGGCCACGCAACAGUCGAUGACGAGUCUGCCAAGCGGAUUCCGCGUGUGCUCCACCGCACCGGACAUCCUUUACAUACCUGAACUGAUUUGUGGAGGGCUGGUGUGGAUCCUGGUGUCUUCCACACAUGUGAAGCCCAACAACCCUCUGGGAUGGGUCAUGUUUGUGUCUUUAUUCUGCUUUAUAAUGACCUUCCUCUGGUUAAUCACAUUUGCCUGUGGGUGCUUCAAGAAAAGCAGCAUCUGCCCUUUGCUGGACUUUCUUUAUCAUCUGAUUGCUGCAAUGUUCUACCUGAGUGCCUCAGUUCCCCUGGCCAAUGUGACCAUCAACAUGAAAAAUGCAACUGCUGUUGCGAUAUAUCCCUUUAACUACUACCAGAUCGACAUUGCAGCCGUGGUACUCUCCCACAUUACCACAUUGCUCUACUUUAUCCACUGCAUCCUUUCUGCUUGUCGAUGGAAAUCCAUUUGUUGUUAAAAUUACAUGACAACAGAAAAAGUAACUUGUAAAACUGCUAAAUCUGUAAGAGAUGAAUCUCAGGGCUUAGUCAUAACUGACAGAGCCCUCCAGACAGAAACCCAAAGUUUUUUUCAGCUCUUAACUUAAUAGAAUUAACCAACAUGCUAGAUUACUUUUUACUUUAUUAAUAAUGUAUGUUUAUUAAAAUAUGUGUUGUAUAUAUGCAAACUUUUCUGUGAAGUCUCAAUCUAAUUUUGAGAUUAGGAGCAUCGGAGUAUGAUUUUAAUCAUUGAUUUAAUUUUAAUUUGCUAAAACAAAAAUGAUGUUUGGGUUUUCACAGACUUGUCACGCCUUUAGGAGACUAGAAACUUUUAAAAGUAUAUGUACUAAUACACUGUGAAAAGUGAACAUUGGAUCUACCUAAAUUAUAUAAAUUGGCAAGAUAUUAAAAUAUUUAAGUUUUAUCUA